GGAACAGUCACAACUUCAUCGACGAAACCAUCCUCCACAAAAGAGAUGUCCAUCUUGUUUCCUGUCUGGUCGCCAACAACUCAGAGAACAAAGUCAGACGGUCCGGCCACUGACAGAACCUCUCCAACAACUUAUGGCAUUCCAACUGCAACAUUCAUCACCUCGGAAACACCUUCAAGUAAUACUUGGUCACCCCUGGGUUACUCUAGUAGAGUUACAAGUAGUUUUGUAGAUGAGACAUCUCCAACAGUCCCAACAAGCUCAACCAGUAGACUUUUGCAAUCAUCCAAAACUUCUGUUGAUGCUUCAGUUUACCCUGAUGCAACAACUGUUCCCACAUUAUCAUUGAGUAUCACCACAGCAGAAUCACCUACCCAAGUAGAUUCUAUAGAGUUUGCCAACAAAAAUUCCACCCAGAAUGUAUCUACAUCGAAAUCAUCUUCCAGUAAUUGGGAAACUACAGAUUCAUCAAGCGAUGAACACAUUUCAACAUCAGCUCCUUCCUCGAAAAUAACCAAUACUUGGGAAACUACUUUAAGUACUGGAAACUCUUCUAAUGUUCUACAAAGCAACAUCACCAGUGAAAGCUCAUUGGAGACAUCAUCUCUUCAUCCAUCAUCAGAUGAUGAAAACUUGGAAACAACCAGAACAUUUUUCGAAUCCACAAAUUGGUCCACUUAUGAGGACGGGAAUAGUACUGAGGAUUUACAGUUUGGUGAUGGGGAUUUGAGAUGGAAGAGCACCACUAGAGCAAAUUCGGAGAGAAAUUCAACUGAAAAAGAGAUGACAACAGUUUCCGGGUAUGGGAGUGAAGAGGAAAUUGGCUCAACAUCAUUUGGUGAUUUCACUACAACUUUAAGGCCUGAAAUUACAUCAAAGUCAUUGGAAUACUCAACCUCGAGAGGAGGAUUUGAUGGCGUAACUCCUUCAAGGUCAUAUCCUACAUCAAAUUCUGCCCACCACGCUUCUUCCAAUUCGAUUUCAAAACAGAAUUCAACAUCAAAACCACAGGAUUCCCUUCAAAACUCAACAUUGAAACCACAGGAUCCCCAUCAAAACUCGACUUCGGAAUCACAGGAUUCCCAUCAAAACACAACAUUGAAACCACAGGAUUCCCAUCAAAACUCAACAUCAAAACCGCGUGAUUCCCUUCAAAACUCAACAUCAAAACCGCAUGAUUCCUAUCAAAACUCAACAUCAAAACCGCGUGAUUCCCAUCAAAACUCAAUAUCAAAACCACAGGAUUCCCAUCAAAACUCAACAUCAAAACCACAGGAUUACCAUCAAAAUUCAAUAUCAUUCUUGAGUAACAACCGUACCACAACUACAAAAACUCCAACACAUGAUACGGAGGACUUUUUCGAAACAGAUGAAGAGGAAGUACAUACCAUUACUCCGACUUCAACUGAAGGUGAAUUUGAACAAGGCAAUGAAGAAGAGGAUGAUAAAUCGAUUAGUAAUGCACCAACAUCAUUGACACCGAACAAAGAUAAUCGGAUCAUUCGUAAUGAGAGUGUAGUGAAGAAGGGAUUACAACGGAACGGAAUAAUUUUGUGAUGAAGAUUUCUACGACAGAUGGUCCCUGUCGACCCAUCCAUGGAUUACAGAUUCUAAAGAGGAGGGAUCGACCACCGUUCCAAUUAGAAUGAAUGACAGCAGUACAACCACUGUACCCACGAGAGCAUCGGUUGAUAUUGCAAGACCAACUUGGCCUGUGCGACCUGUGACCAGUGAGCCAGACCCCGCCACGACGAACCCGCAGUACAUGGGUCUUUCACUGCUCAUCAAAGGAUCCACUCUACAGGAAAUAUGCGAAGCGCAGCAAUCUCUUAAACGAGCCAUCAUAUUCCUAUUCCGUAACACAACUGGCAGGGUACUUGAUGAGGAUCAGAUAGAUUUUCCUAGUUUGACAGCAGAUGAAUGCAAAGGAGCCAGGGCACUGAAGAGUGGUCUGCAUAGCAUCGACUUGAUACUCUAUGAUGAAAAUGGAAACUUCGACGACCAACUCAACAGUGAAUUUAGAAUGCUCUGGGAAAAUAAUGGACUACGUACCAAUAUUGCCAUUCACGAUGUCUACUUGGUGCUUCGUCCAUCAGAGGACGUCCAGACCAGUGGGAUGACAAUCGCAGUAAUCGUCAUUGCCUGUAUUGGCCUCACCUGUAUGCUUCUCUUUUUCAUUCUCAUGAUGAUAUUGAGGAAAAGGCAAAAUAAAUUCAGCUACGGCCAGAGGUGUACCCCUGUAUCCCUGGAUGAUUAUAGCUUGGACAAUAUAUCUGUUUAUAACAGUAUAAGGAGGAAAAACGCCCGAAGAGCUUCAAAACGAUCGUACGGCAAUCCUGCUUUUGAUGAUCCGAGCGCGCCCUCGCACCAGAUCAACUUUGCAGCGCUGGCACAUUUGAGCGGCAACCGGAAGGCGAUGGACGACGAAUUCGACGCGAUUCCGAUGAUCGCUGCGAAAAUGGAUGAACUGCCACCGGGCGCCGAGACGCGCAACCGCUAUGCCAACGUCAUUCCGCUGCCCGAGACCCGGGUGCAUCUCAAGGUCAGGGAGGGUGACGACCCUGUCAACUCUUACAUCAACGCAAACUAUGUCAAGGGCCCCAAAGGAGUCGAUAAAUUCUACAUAGCUUGUCAAGCACCCAUGCAAUCCACAGUUAACGAUUUCUGGAGAAUGAUUUGGGAACAGCAGAGCAAACUCAUACUAAUGUUAACAGAUCUGCACGAAAAUGGUGUUGUAAGUAGUGUUUUCACUCAUUUCUUUUUAAUAAUUUGUUUCUCACUCAAGAAAUACUCUUAG